AUGUGGUGGAAUAGAUUACUGGCAAAGGUGGAGGCAAGAACCAGAAAAUCUCUGGCCUCACAAUACACUGAUUUGGAAGGGCUACAGUCUCACUGGGCACAAGCUAAUGCUGGCCUUAUAGGAGAGACCUUACAUUCCUUAUUUACUCAUCCAGUCAGGCUGAUGUGGCCCAAGAACAAAUGCUUUGACUAUUUGUACAGUGAAGGGCAGGAACUUUUGGCAGCAUUCCCUGUACAAGCCACAAUCACCUUCUAUACUGAAUCAGACAGUGAGGAGGAAGAGGGGGAAUCUGAGGCGGAAAAUGAAUCGGAAGAAGAACCAGUCAUGGCAGAAGAGUACUUUGAGCGAAAAGAAAUGAGCGAUGAUAGACUAAGACAGUGACAUAAUAUAUUAAAUCGCAAAGAUAUUCAGCUUUCAAUAGUAGAACAUUGUCUUUAAUUUAUAAACAUAGUACAUUUUCUGUACUUUUUGUACAUACUGCAGAAAUACUUUUAUUAUUAAAAUAUAUUUUUACUGUUUUUACAUUAAAGAGAUUUUCUGUGCAUUUGAGUAAGCCGCGUUAAGGGUGAAAAAGAACAAAAUGAUAAGAAAACUCAUUGCUUAGGCUGACGAAUGAAAGAGGAAAGAAAACUGGGCCAGGGUCAGAGAAGGACAAAUGAGAAGAAAACACGGUGACUGAUUCGAGAUUUGGAAAUAUAAAAGAGAUAAAUAAUCCCAUGUCAAGUAUUGGAUUAUUCGGUAGUCUCUUUCUAUUAAAUCAAAUUACAUUGAGUUUAAUGUAAUAAGCACAAGGUGGUGUAUGUAGUACAGCAACAAAUCUUGCUUGCAGCAACAUCGCAGGCACAUAGGCUCAGACAAAUAUACAAAAACAAAUAAUGCAUAAAUAACAUAUAAAUGACACAUAACUUUUUCAAUUACUGAAUGACGUUGGCCAAAUUUCAAGGUGGACAUCAACUCUGGGGCUAUUGCCUCGGUUUAUCUUCCAUUUUUAUAUGGUUAUGUUUGCAACAUAUUUCCCUGGAAUAUAAACAUGCUGUGUGUAAUGGGAUAGUUGAGCCCUUCUAUGACCUGUGAA